CUCCUGAGCGCCUUCUAGUGUCUGGAGAGCUCCCUGUGAUACUGAUGUCCCUUGUGCUUCUGAACACUUCUGAGGGACACUAAAAUCUAUCUCCUUGUGUCCCUGAGCAGCCCUGGUGUCCUGAGCGCCCCCUUGAGUCCAGCCCUCCUGUCUCCCUCAGGGAGUUUUGUGUCUGGGCUCACACUGACUUCCCAGCUGACUUCAUGUCCAGCCCCACCCUCUGCCACACCCUGUCACUGUUACCUAGUCCCCUCAGUGGACCAUCCCUGGGUAGAUUUUCUGUCACUAUCUCCUUGGUAGCAAGUGGCCUUGGCAGAUGGUUGGGACCUGGCUUCUGUGAAGAUCCUCCCUUUCUCCAUUCCCACGGACAGUUGUCCCUGAGUGGAGACAUGAGGUGGGCAGAGGGUUCAGUCACCCUGAGGAUGCCCCUCUUGCUCCUUGGGCUCUGGGUGGUGCUGGCUCCAGCACAGCAUUCUCAAGGCCGUCCCUCAUGGCGCUAUAUCUCCUCCGAGGUGGUGAUUCCAAGGAAGGAGCUGCACCACGGCAAAGGUGUUCAGGCACCAGGUUGGCUCUCCUACAGCCUGAGAUUUGGGGGCCAGAGACAUGUCAUCCACAUGCGGCGCAAGAAACUCUUUUUGCCCCGACAUCUGGUGCUGAUGACUCAGGAUGACCAGGGAACCUUGCAGGUAGAUUACCCCUUUGUCCCUCUUGACUGUUACUACUUUGGCUACCUGGAGGAGGUUCCUUUCUCUACAGUCACCAUGGACACGUGCUAUGGGGGCCUGAUAGGUAUGAUGAAGUUGGAUGACCUUGCCUAUGAAAUCCAGCCCCUCAAGGAUUCCCCAAGCUUUGAACACAUAGUUUCUCAGAUAGUGGCAGACUCCAAUGCCACUGGACCCAUGUAUACACUGGGGUACAAAGAAGAGAGGCAUCCCCUGUUCUCUCAAGUGAAUGCCAGUGCAGCCUCCAGGCUCAGCAGUAAGACGUAUGCAAGCCACCAAGGAUUUUUCAAAGGAUGUCUUAUAAGUGCCAAUUCAGUUUAUAGGCAAUACAACAAUGUGUCAACAUGUGCCAAAUUCCUGGUAAAUCUAGGUAGUUUAAUUAACUCUAUGCUCCAAAAUGUUGAUAUAAGAUACUACAUCAGCUCCCUAGUCAUUUAUAACCAGGGAGAUCCCACCUCCAUGAGCAACUAUAAUAUACCAGGGAAUGCAUUUCAUUCCCAUUAUAUAAGCAACAUUUUUCUUCCUCUUCGUCCACAAACAAGCUUAGUUGUGAUUCAAGAUGGGCCCCAUGACAAUAGUUUUACCCCAGUCUUAUAUGGUAUCUGCAAAGACACUAAUCUCCUCAUGCUGGGUGUUUUUUCAAGACAUUAUUUUAUGUUAUCAAUUAUAGCCACUCAAUUAACUGCAAGAAGUUUUGGUUUUUACUAUGAUGAGCCCGAAUGUGUUUGCCAGAGAAGGACCACUUGCAUCAUGUACAGGAUCCCUCUGAUUACAGAUGCCUUCAGUAACUGUUCCAUGUUGCAUGCAUCACACAUAAUUAAUCCUUACAAGAACUACUGUACCUACAGCACUGACUUUCAGUAUUUCAAUAGUAGCCUGACAUUAGCUAUGUGUGGAAACUCUGUGGUGGAUGAUGGAGAGGAGUGUGACUGUGGCUCCUUCAAGCAGUGUUACACCAAUGCCUGCUGCCAAAGUGACUGCACCUUUAGACCUGGAAGUGCUUGUAACACAGGCAUGUGUUGCACAAACUGCAGUUUCUCACCCCCGGGGACACUCUGCAGGCCAAUCCAGAACAUAUGUGACCUUCCAGAGUACUGCCUUGGGCUGACCUCCACAUGCCCUGAAGAUGUGUAUCUGCAAGAUGGAACCCCAUGUAGUGAAGUCAGCUACUGCUAUCAUGGAAAUUGUACCGACCGCAGUGUGCACUGCAAGGAGAUCUUUGGUGAAGGUGCAAUAAAUGCUCCAGAUGCCUGCUACACCAUGAAUAAAAGGGGAAAUAGAUUUGGACACUGUAGACGUGAUACUAUCCCCCCGACAAUAAUAUGUGCUGAUGCUGACAUUCAGUGUGGACGUCUACAGUGUACCAAUGUCACACAUCUGCCUAGGUUGCAAGACCAUGUUGGAUUCCAUCAGUCUGUGAUACAGGGGUCCUUGUGUUUUGGAGUGGAUUUACACAUUGGGACAUACACAACUGAUGUUGGUCACGUGAGACCUGGUACCCCCUGUGGUGGUGGGUAUUACUGUAACAACAGUGUAUGCAAUGCUUCUGUUGCUGACAUGAACUAUGACUGCGAACCUAACAAAUGCAACUACAGGGGAGUUUGCAACAGUAAAAGGAACUGCCACUGCCAUAUAGGCUGGGAACCUCCUCGGUGCAUAAACAAAGGUGCUGGAGGGAGUCUCGACAGUGGACCUCCUCCAAGAAGAAUGCGGUCAGUGAGACAAAGUGAUAAGUCUGUGGUGUACUUUAGGGUGGUCUUUGGGCGCAUGUAUGCCUUCAUAGCUGCCCUCCUUUUUGGAGUGGCCACCAAUGUGAAAAUAAUCAAGACCACUCCCACUCAAGAAACUGCCAUAUGAUGAAAACUAAGCAGCUUUCUGACCCCUAUGCAACUAUAGGCAAUAGAGCAGAAACUUCUGUAAAAAGUCACCACAACCAGCUGUGGAGCCGAUGUCCAUAUUUCUCAAUCUGCACAGGGGUCCUACUGUACUUCGCAGGGAAGUGAGAGGAGUGGGCAUUUUCCCAGCAG